AUGAACGCGAUCGGCUCGGGGGAUUUGGAUAAAUUAAAGGUGAUAUUUCUCGGGGCAUCUGGAGUCGGCAAAACUACCGUAAUCACGAAAUUCAUCGACCAGUGUUUUGUGGAGACAAAUAUCCCGACGAUCGGUAUCGAUUUUACCGGGAAAACGGUGAUUGUCGAUGGGAGGGCUGUACGGAUCCAGAUUUGGGAUACGGCUGGGCAGGAGCGUUUCCACAGCCUCAUCCCGGCCUAUAUUCGAGAGGCCAGAGGGGCAGUUGUGAUGUUUGAUGUGACGAGCCGGGACACCUUUGCCGAGUUGCACAAAUGGGUGGAUAUCGUUCGGAAGAAAAGCACCACUGAUGUGGCAAUCAUGAUUUGCGGGAAUAAAUCGGACAGAGAGGAUCGAGAGAUUUCCGAAGAAGAAGGGAAGCGGAUGGCCGAGGAGCUGGGGACGACAUAUUGCGAAACCUCCGCAAAAGCUGGCCACAAUAUUAAUGCACUUUUCGAGGCGAUAGCACGGCAGUCCCUGGCGACGACACACGAGGCUCCUUCAGAAGAAAAAGUGGUCCUAGACUCGUUUGAGGCGCAUCGUGAUCGCGAGAAAAAUUCGUGUGCCUGC